UGUCAAAUAUCAAAUUUUGUAAACAGCGAAAGGCGUCUUUUAGGUUACCGGAAAACGUUUGCAAGCGUUUUAUAAUUUCUAAAUAAUUAUUUAUAUAUUUAUAUAAUAGUAUAUAAUUAAAAACAAUUACAAUGUCGACUGCUAUGCCAAUAAACCCUAAACCUUUUCUAAAUAGUCUCACUGGUAAAGCUGUGAUGGUGAAGUUGAAAUGGGGCCACGAAUACAAAGGUUAUUUGGUAUCUGUGGAUGGUUAUAUGAAUCUACAGCUAGCAAAUACUGAGGAAUAUAUUGAUGGCAGUUCAACAGGAAACCUGGGUGAAGUACUAAUCCGAUGCAAUAAUAUAUUGUUUAUUCGUGGUGCUGAGGAAGAGGAUGAAGAAGGAGAGACAAGAGACUAGAUUUAAUAUCUUUAACUAUACAAAUGUGUGUGCUCAGGGUUUGUCCUUGAAUAGAUUGAAGUUCCGUUUUCGACAUGUUAAUUUCCAACACAAUUCUUAUUGUGAAUACGCGUUUUUAUUAAGUCUAUAGACUGUAAUUAUUGUAGUUUAAAAAGUUUAUUUUGUCAAAUAAGUAAAUUUUGGUAAAUAGUUAUUCAUUGUAAUUUAAAUUUUUUUUA